AUGCGCUUCGGAGCAUCCAUCUCUUUGCUUUGCGCUGUCGCGUCAUUGACGCCGCUCGCGUUCGCUGCGCCAGUCGCUUCCGACUCGACUGGCAGCUUCGAGGCCCGUGCCUUCGACGCUGAGGUCGCUGACCUCGUCGCUCGCUCCGACUUCGACGAGGCGACGAGCCUUCUCGCCCGGGCGGUCGCGGACGUGCUCAGUGCGCGGACCGAUCCUCCCAACUACCACAAGCACGACCCGAACAACGGCAAGAAGCCCAAGUACUCGGAGAAGGACCCCAACGGUCCACCGAAGUACCGCCAGAAGGAUCCGCACAAGAAGCCUCAGCCGCCUAAGCCCAAGCCGGGUCCCUCGCGCCCGCGCGACCUUGCGGCGCUCGAGGAUGCGCUGUUCACGCGCACCGACCCGCCCAACUACCACAAGCACGACCCGCACAACGGCAAGAAGCCCAAGUACUCGGAGAAGGACCCCAACGGCCCACCGAAGUACCGCCAGAAGGAUCCGCACAAGAAGCCUCAGCCGCCUAAGCCCAAGCCGGGCCCCUCGCGUCCGCGCGACCUGGCGGAGGUAGACGGCCUGUGGGAGCGGGAGUUCGACGACGAGCUUUGGGCGCGGGAGGACCUUGAGGAGAUGUGGGCGCGCGAGGUCGAGGACGCUGCCGUGUUCGCGCGCACCGACCCGCCCAACUACCACAAGCACGACCCGAACAACGGCAAGAAGCCGAAGUACUCCGAGAAGGACCCCAACGGCCCACCCAAGUAUCGCCAGAAGGAUCCGCACAAGAAGCCCCAGCCGCCUAAGCCCAAGCCGGGCCCUUCGCGCCCGCGCGAGCUGGUCGACACCUUGUGGUACUCUUGUGGGGACCCCAUACCAACUGAGCUGUACUGCAUGUGCGACUCGGAGUUUCUGAACGCAGUACACGAUGAAUGCACCGACGUGCAUCGACAUCCUGUUUCGAAACCCGAGUCGCACGUCUUUUCGCUGUUCUACGCCUCUAUCGAUACGGGGGCGGUUUUCUCAGCGAUGUGGCCCAGUUCUCGGUCGUUGACGAUUGGGAGACUGGGCCCAGGGCACGCAGCGUCACGGAUGCCGUCAAACCCCGGUCGUAUUCCAUCGAUCUGCAUGACCAUCUGCAGCAGUGAAUGGAGACUCUCGACGGCCACAUGA